AUGAAAGCGCCGACGUGUAGUGUAAUGACCUUUUUCAUAGGUGCAUCGGAAAUUUGUUUUAUGCCGGCACCGAUUGGUGAUUGCAAGGGUUGCUGUCCAAAGAAUGACAGUGUCGACAUCCAGUACAAGCUGUUUACAAGGGCGCACCCGACGACGUUUCAAACGAUCCCUUCGGAUAACUUCGCCGAGCUGUCUCGGACAGAUUUCGACCCGUCGAAGCCAACGGUCAUCUACGUGAUGGGUUUCUCGGAGGUCAUCAAUGGAGCCAGCACAACGACUUUGAGGAAUGAAUAUCUAGCAUCCAGUGAUUGUAACUUUAUCUCGGUGGAUUGGUCACGACUUAUCGUAUUCCCAUGGUACAUCUCGGCGGUCCGUAAUACGCGGUACAUGGGUUCGAAGCUUGCCGAUUUUGUGCAAUAUUUGGACUCGGUGGGUGCUAAGGCAUCGUCUCUUCAUAUAGUAGGUUUCUCGUUGGGGGCGGAGGCUGCUGGAUUUGCGGGCAAGAAGUCGAAAGCCAGGGGCUUGACGAUAGGCAGAAUUACUGGUUUAGACCCGGCGUAUCCGGGCUAUAGGUUCACGGACAGCGGCGGCCACUUGUCCAAGGGCGAUGCCACCUUCGUGGACGUCAUCCACACGAACCCUGGCCUCUUUGGAUUCCCGCAGGCGAUCGGCGACGUCGACUUCUACCCCAACUACGGCUCGUGGAUCCAGCCCGGAUGCUGGGUUGACCAGCUCUUCCAUAACAAAGAGGAGCUAAGAUUUAUUUAUGGCUGCAGCCACACACGCGCUUGGCGUUACUACGCGGAGUCGUUACGGAGUCCGUUCGGGUUUCCAGCCACCUUGUGCAGGCAAUGGAAGACCCCGAGCAGUUGUACGUUCACCGUGGACGGUUACAUGGGGCUGGGAGCUAAACCACCGAUUACUGGAAUCAUGUAUCUGGAGACAAAUCAGAAGCCGCCAUUUGCUAGAAACGGACCG